AUGGAUGAAGGCAAAAGAAAAGCCUACUUUAACCCUAACCAUAAUAAGGUUACUAUAAUGGAUUUCUUCAAAAAAAAAACAGAUGAUGUUAUGAGAGUAAAUGCAAAUGUAAAACAAAAUUUAAAAUCUUCAUCAAACGUUUUGUCUGAUAGUGAAAAAUUAAAUAUUGUAGAACGUGACCCGGCAAAAGGGGAUAAACAAGCAUAUAUAAAUUUAACAAUGCAAUUAGGUCCAUAUCAGCCAGUAAAUAUUGCAUUUCCUCGUAGUUCUGGUAGAGCAUUUAGGCAAGAAUGGUAUAAGUCCUAUGAAUGGUUAGAGUAUAGUCAAGAAUUAGAUUCAGCUUUUUGUUUUUAUUGUCGAGCUUUUCCUACAGUUGGUAUGGAAGCAGCAUUUAUUUCAUGUGGAUUUAGGACUUGGGGAAAAGCAACUGAAAGAUUUUCUACUCAUCAAAAAAGCAAUUCACAUAAAGAAGCGCUAUGUAAAGUAAUUGGAUAUAAGCAAUCAUUAACAAGUUCUGGAAAUAUCAUUGGAUUAAUUGACAAAAAUCAUUGUAAAGUAGUAUCUGAUAAUUGUAAUUACUUAAAGAAUAUUUUGGAAACUCUUCUUUAUUGUGCUAAGCAAGGAAUAGCUAUUAGGGGUCAUGAAGAGGAUUCAAAAUCAUUAAAUAAAGGUAACUUUAUUGAGCUUUUAACUCUUCGGGCAAAAGACAAUAAUCUAAUUCAACAAUAUUACUUAGAUAAGGAAAAAUCAUUUAACUAUGUACAUCAUUCAUAUUUAAAUAUGUUUCUUACCUAUAUGAGUGAUUACGUUUUAAAAUCAAUUGUAUCAGAGAUUAUGUCAGCUGGAAUAUUUAGCAUUCUUAUUGAUGAAACACAAGAUUUAAGUCGACAUGAGCAAGUGUCUGUAUUCAUAAGAUAUGUAAAUAAUUUAGAGCCUAAAGAAGUGUUUUUGGGAUUUUAUCGUACAAGCUCAACAGAUGGAGAAUCUCUCGUUGUUUUAAUUAAAGAAGUGUUGAAACUUAACGGACUCAAAAUUGAAGACAUUCGAGGGCAAUGCUAUGAUGGCGCUGCGUCAAUGCGUGGGGCCUAUAAAGGCGUUCAAGCAAGAAUAAGGGCAGAAAAUAGUUUAGCAGUUUAUAUACAUUGUUAUGCUCAUAUCUUAAAUUUAUGUCUUGUAGAUUUAGCAAAACAAAUAUCAUGUGUUCGAAAUAUGUUUGGUACAUUACAAACGUUAUAUAGUUUUAUAGGAGCAUCAUCUAAAAGGUUUGCUGUUUUUGAACAGAUGUUAAGUUCCGAUGGAGGCCCUAAAACAAUCAAGGCAUUAUGUGAUACACGCUGGAGUUGCCGUUAUGAAGCCUUAAGAUCAGUGUUCCAUAAUUUAACUGCGAUAGUUGAUACAUUGGCUGAAAUAGCAGAAAGUGAUAGAGAAUUUGGAUCUGAUGCGGCUGCUUUAUUAAAAAGCAUUCAAAUAUUUGAAUUUAUAUUUUCUCUAAUUUUACUGGAAGAUGUAUUAUUAAAAACAAAUGUCCUAUCCAAAUAUUUGCAAUCAUCAACAUUAAAUUAUGGCCUAGUAAGUCAAAUGGUAAAAGAAACUAUAAGAAAUUUUGAAGAAUUGAGAACAGAUGACAAUUUUCAGAAAGUAUGGGAAAAGGCUACUAUUGUUUCAAAAAAUAAUGGUUUUAGUGAGCCUAACCUACCACGCAUUAAAUCAGUACCAUUAAAAUUAGGUGGUGGCAAAAAACAAACUAUACAGACUGUUCAAGAUCAUUUUCGUAUAAAUGUAUUUUUUGGAAUUAUAGAUACAGUAAUGAUGUGCAUGAAGAGUAAAUUUAAAGAAAAUGAUUUAAGUUUGUUAAAUUCUAUGAAUAAUGUCUUAUUUAAUAAAAACCCUACUAAUCAGUCAAUAGAGGAAGUUUGUAAUACAUACAAAAUAGAAUCAAAUGAUUUAUCAACAAAAUUAGCUAGAAAAUUACUGUUGGUCAUUUUGGACAAACCUUUACAAUUUGGGUCAAAACAUGCUUCCAAAGUAAAAGAGCUUGAAGCAGAUUUAAAAAUUGAAAAAUCUACUAAUAAACGUAAAAAUAAUGAGUUUGAUUGUGACCAAAGUGCAAAAGUGCAACAUACAAUAUCGGAUGCAUUUUCAAGAGCUCAGCCAGUUAGUCAAGGUUUGUAG